CUUACACAGUCCAUUCUUCCAAAUAUUUUGCAGAUUUUCAACCAGAAAAACAUCCACGACAAAGUUCAAGCAUGCCAAGAGGAAGAGAAGUCCAACUCUGAGCAUGUCUCAGAAUAAGUUACGGGCCAAACUCAAGAUUCUGUGUCAACAAGAUGCUGACCUGGAUGAUGAGAAAGAUUGUGUGGAGCGCCAUCGCAAGUAUUACGAAAGCAGUGGAGACGAGGAUAAACACAAGAACUGGUUGGGACGAAUAGAUUCGGCAAAAAAAUUAGGUCUUGAUGAUGGAGAACAACAUAAGAAGCAUAAGAAGCACAACUGUCCCUUUUUGCUGUGUCUUGAUCCCAACUCUACUUACCAACGUAGCAAGGCGGCAGAGCAGCGUUGCAAGAAAAUUGGUGCACUUGUGCAAGAAGCUCGUAGAUUAUUUGAGGACAUCUCACUUGGAGAUCAAAAUGAGGCAGUUGAUCGUUUCGAGUACUUUAAUUCGAUAGAGGAUGUUUUGGACAAGAUUUUGGGGGCAGUGCAAUGUCCCAGCAUCAACACCAUAAGGGUGUUCGGGGAAUCUGGUACAGGGAAGACCAUGCUCGUCAGAGAAGUGAAGAGAAUAGUCCGAAAACAAAAGUUAUUUGAUGCAGUUGUUAUGGCAUCUGUGAACGGGAACCCUACAAUCCAAGAUGAAAUUGCUCGUGACUUGGGUCUUUCUAAUGAACUUGCACUUCAGGAAGCUUCCAAUCAAGCAAAGGUAAUAAGGCUACCAAUAAAGAACGUCCUCUUAAUCUUGGACGACAUUGGGGAGCCAGAAAUAUAUUGGAAGUUGCGUGAAAAACUUCCUUUGAAAGAUAAGAACCAGAACAGGUUAUUAUCUUACAAAAUUUUGCUGAUUACUAGAGAUAGCAGCGUUCUUUUUGAUUUAUCUGAAAUACAGUUUGAGAUUAAACCAUUAGAAGAAGAAGACGCAUGGACGCUGUUCCAGAAGAUAGCCACUUACCAAACUGAAAAUCGUAGUUUACCAUUUUAUGCAAAAGAUAUUUGCAAGAGGUGUAACGGUUUGCCCUUUGCUGUUUCAAUACUUGCAAAGGCCUUGAAAAGUGGAAAACUAAGGCAGAAGACUGCUCUGCAAAAGCUACCAGUAACUCCGGCCCUUGAUUUUCGUUUAUUAAGAAUUUAUGAUUGUUUGCAAAGCUCCAACGUCCAACAAACUUUCUUGCUUUGUAGUCUAAUGGGUCAUAAUGCAGCUGUUCAAGACUUGUUGAAAUAUACGAUGGGCAUGGACUUAUUCCCAGCAGUCAAAUCCGUGGAGGAAGCACGAGAUGCAUUACUGAAUUCGAUGACUAGACUCAGAAAUUUUUCUUUUUUACUGGAUAGGGGUGGCAAUAUGCAUUUUGAUAUGCAUGAUCGUCUCAUGAUUUUUGCCAAAUCAGUUGCUUUGGGAGUAGUUGGACUGAACAACUGGAAGGAAAUGGAAAAAAUCAACUGGAUUUAUUUAUCAAAUACUAGUCAACUUGGAAUAGAGUUGAACUGCCCGAAGCUCACUUUCUUUCAUUUGUCUAAAGAGGAUCCUUCUAAACCAAUUCCACCAGGCUUGUUUACAGGAACUGGAGGGCUUAGAGUCCUGGGUUUGACUAAAACUUGCUCAAUGCCUCAAUCAAUUUCCCUUCUAAAUGACCUGCAUACCUUGCGUCUGGAUCAAAGUGUGUUAAGAGAUGCAGACAUGGGUGCAGUUAUAGGAAAGCUAUUGAAUUUGCAAGUCCUCAGCCUUGUGGGAUGUGAUCUCGAGGAGUUGCCGGAGCAAAUAGGGCAACUAGCUGAGCUGAAGUUGUUAGAUUUGAGUGAUUGUACCAAACUCAAAAUAAUUCCACUAGGUGUCUUGUCAAGGUUGUCCAGAUUAGAAGAACUGUAUAUGAGAAACAGCUUCAAUCAAUGGGCGAUGGAGGUUGUUAAGGAGCAGGGAAAAAAAAAUGCUACCCUUUCUGAGUUGAAGCAAUUAUGGAAGCUAACUGCUAUAGAGGUACGAAUUAAUAUUCGCAAUAUCGAGAUGAUUAUAGGAGGCUUGUUCUCUGAAAAUUUGACAAGAUACAAGAUUUUCCAAGGAGAUAUGUGGCAUUCUUGGGAUAGUUCUAGUGGAAGUUCAAAAAUAUUGAAGCUAGGUGGAAGAUUUUGUUUUGAGCCUUCAGUUAAGAAGUUGCUAAAGAAGACAGAGGAACUACAUUUACAGGGGACUAGGGAUGUCCCGGCUGUUAAUGAUUUAGAUGAGGAAGAUUUUCAAAACUUGAAGUAUCUCUUUAUCCAAGAUGCUCGGAAUGUUGAAUCUAUUUCAUGGAAGCCUGCAUUUCCCGUAUUGGAGGAAUUAGUUCUUCGUAAUUUGGAGAAUAUGACGGGGAUAUGCCGUGGUUCGGUUACAGAAUCACAUUUUAGCAAAUUAAGAAAGAUAACGGUUGAAACUUGUAAUCAACUAAAGAAUUUAUUCUCCUACUCUAUAGCCAAAAAUCUUCUCCAACUCCAAGAAAUUAGAGUGACAAACUGCAAAAACAUGGAAGAGAUUGUUGAUGACAAGGAGCAAGGGGGCAAAAUUGAUAAGGAACUGUGGUCCUUGAGAUUAGAAGACCUACCAAAUUUGAUUGGCUUCAACAGUAGUUGCAAGAAAAAGUCACUUUUCGAAGAACAGGUUGCAUCUUCCAGUGCUGGUCAGCAGUUUGGAUCUUUCAGUGCUGGUAAACUGAAGAAAUUGAUCAUUAAGGGAUGUGAUAACUUGGAAUACAUAUUCUCAUCUUCUAUGGCUCAAGGUCUAAAUAUGCUGGAACACCUUGAAAUAAGGAAAUGCAGGAGAAUGAAAGAGGUCAUUUUUACAGAUAAUAAUGGAGAAGAAAAGAAUUUGAUUGUCCCUCAGUUGAACAUUCUGGAGAUAGAAGACCUUGAAGACUUUGUCAAUUUCUAUUCAGGAAAGUGUAUUAUUGAAUUCAAAAAAUUGAAGAAACUGCAAGUGUUGAACUGCCCAAAAUUGGAGGGAUUCAUUGCAAACACACAGACACUAUUUAAUGAACAGGUUGAGUUUCCCAACUUGGAGUUUUUGAGGCUAUCUUCACUCAACAGUAAGCAAAUCUGGCACAUUUCAAGUGAGCAAACGGCUUCUGUUAAAAACUUAAAGAAGUUGUUUGUGGAGGAUUGUGGUAAUUUGGAGUAUCUAUUGAGAUCCUCUAUGAUUAAGAGUUUUGAACAACUCAGGGAGCUCAAGAUUUUUGACUGUAAGAUGAUGGAAGGGAUAAUAAAGGAAGAAGAAAGGAUGUGUGAGAUUUUCUUUCCAAAGCUGGACACCCUAGAACUUGAAGACCUUCCCAAACUCACAAGAUUCAAAUGCCUUUCUGCUGCCAGUAUUGAAAAUGUGGAAAAUACUUAUAUGUCAUCUCUCUCCCACGGAAAGAGUCUGAAGCAACUCGUAAUGCUUAAGAUUUGUGAUUGUGAAAUGAUGGAAGCGGUAAUAGAUUCAGAAGAAUCAAAUGAAGAAACAAUUUUCUUCCCUGAACUGCUCAGCAUAGAAUUCGUAAACCUUCCGAAGCUCACAAGAUUCUAUCAUGCAGAAAGUAGUGACACACCACCUCUCUUUAACGAAAAGGUUGGGUUUCCCAAGUUGAAGAUUUUAAGCUUGUCUUCAAUUGACAUUCAGCAAAUCUGGCAAAUUUCGAUUCAAAAAAUCUCUUUAGAAAAGCUUUUUGUGAAGGAUUGUGGCAAUUUGAAAUAUCUGUUCUUGUCUUCUAUGGUUAAGAGUUUUGAGCAACUCAUAGUGCUCAAGAUUUGUGACUGCAAGAUGAUGGAACAGGUAAUCGGCUCAAAUGAAUUAGUGGAAGAAGAAAUGAUGUGUGGGAUUUUCUUCUCUAAACUGGACACCCUAGAACUUGAAGACCUUCCCAAACUUGCAAGAUUGUGUCAUGGAAAUUACUCUAAAUUUAAGUUCUCCAAGCUUAGACGGUUCACCAUAAGCAAGUGUGCUGUGUUGAAGACGCUUAUAGGAGACAAUACAAUCGACACUGAAAAUGUGGAAAAUACUUAUGCACCAUCUCUCUUUGAUGAAAAGGUGGAAUUCCCUAAAUUAGAGCAGGUGAUAAUCAAGUUUAUGGGGAGUUGGUACAAGAUAUGGGACGACAAACAUGAUGUGAAUUCUUGUUGCCAACUAAAUUCUCUUACUGUGGAUUCAUGUGAAAAGCUGUUGAAUAUUUUCCCAUUUAGUAUGCUGGAAAGAGUACGUCAGAAGCUAGAAACACUGGAGAUACAGAAUUGUGAUUCACUAGAAGAGAUAUUUGGUGCUAGCCAACCACAAGCUCAGAUAACCACUCAACCAACUAAUUUGGUGGAAAUUGUCCCAAUGUUUCUCUUUCCAGAGUUGACACACAUAAAUCUUUCUAAGCUACCCAAACUGAAAGGCUUCGUCCCUCAAAUUCAUAUUAAUGAAUUGCCAUCAUUGAAACAAGUACAGGUGCACGGAUGUGAUGAAGUUCAGAUAUUUGCUUUAGAACACUCAAGUUACCAACUUGAAAUUCCGAUUCAGUGGAUAAGCAAGAGAAUUUUUUUAUACAAAAGGACUGGGAGGAUAUGUUACAUGUUACCUGCCAGGCACCUUGUAAUUACUUUGGGCAAUGAUCCUAGCUGUUGGAGGUGGUUCAAACCUGAUCCCAGGUUCCCUGAGGUUGCAGAGCUUCUUUAUAAUUCUUGGUUUGAAAUCCAUGGAAGGAUUAAUACUCGCAUGCUUUCUCCAAAAACAUGUUAUAAGGCUUACCUUGUGUUCAAGCUGGCGGACAAACCCUAUGGAUUUGGAAAUACACCUAUAGUAGCUGCUGUUCUACUUGGAGGAACUGAAGUUUCAAAGCGAGAAGUGUACGUGCAGGCAGAAAGUGGAACUGUAGGAAAUGGUGAUCAGUACCCGAAAGAGAGGGGAGACAAUUGGUUUGAGGUAGAAUUGGGUGAAAUUGAAUUCACCAAAGAAAGAGGCGGAGAUUUGGAAAUACAUCUUCUUAAGCACGGAUUUUUAAAGGUUAAGUGCGGUGUCAUUAUUCAAGGCAUGGAGAUCAGGCCAAAUUAGCAGGACAUCACAAGAUUCUCUUUCACCUUGGGUAUUUUAUGUGUGGGAGGAAUAUUUCUCCUCGUGUUAAAUUAUGGUCAGUUCUAUCGUCGUCCAAGCGUGGUCUCUUGAUCUUUAUUUGAACAAUGUAUGACUAAUUUGUGGAGUUAAUUACUAAGUUUGAAGUGAUUUAGAGUGUUUGAUUGUCUGACAAAAGAAUAAUUUAAACUGGAAUUU